AUGAAUUCCGACGAGACGUCACCUCUUUUGAACAAGUUGAACGGGGAGAAGAAGGGAGACAUACUCACAUAUCCUCCGGCUCACAAAGUUCAAGGCCGCGCCCUUAUUCUUCUCUUCGAUGGGACUGGCGACUCGGAAGAUCAGGAUAUUUCCAACGUCGUCGCGCUGAAGAGGAUGCUUCAUCCCAUAGAUGAUCCGAAGAAACAGAUGAUAUUUUAUCAGACGGGUAUUGGAACAUACCAUCCUGACUUUCCGGGUCUGAGAGACAAAAAGAUCCCUGUUAUAAGUACCGCAUCUAGGACGGUGGAUAGUGCAGUUGCUUGGAGCUUGGGUUCGCAUGUUCAAGAGGCUUAUAAAUGGAUCAUGGACAAAUACGAGGAUGGGGACAGAAUUUGCAUGUUUGGUUUCUCUAGGGGAGCAUACACCGCGAGAGCUGUCGGAGGAAUGAUUAACAAGAUUGGCCUGCUUCCCAAGUCACGCGAGGAUCAAGUUGAACGUGCAUAUGAGAGCUACAAGCAAAAGGGUAAAGACUACAAAAAAGAAUGGCAAGCAUUCCGUGAGAUAAAUGGAAGCCGAGAUGUACCAAUCGAAUUUUUGGGAGUAUGGGAUACCGUCAGCUCUGUUGGCGUUGUAUACGGCAAAACGCUCCCAUUCGCGGAUAGAAACGGUUCAGUAAAAACUUUCAGACAUGCGGUGGCCUUGGAUGAGCACCGCGCCCGCUUCAGACAGGAUAUGUGGAGACUGCCAAAAUUCAGUGAACACAACAAAAAGCCUUGGAGCUGGUCGACAGACGCAGAUCAGGUGUGGUUCGCAGGCGCUCAUUGUGACGUCGGAGGUGGAUCUGUGAUUAAUGGCACCCGCCCCAAUUUGGCGCAUAUUGCGUUGAGAUGGAUGAUCCGGGAAAUCUUCAAGAAAGAAGCUGGGAUACUGUUCGACCCAGCGGAACUGCGGGCUAUUGGAUUGGAUCCGGAUGCGUUGUAUCCUGUUGUUAAGACCCGACCUCCCGCUUUGGAACCCACUUCAGAUAUGACAUUGUCAUCCAGCAACACUAUCAAACAGCCCAACGCCAUUGUGCGCUUUGGGUCGUGGGUUAAGAGCUUCUUCGUUACGCCUCCAAAGGAAGAGAAGCCUGACUAUUCGAUAUAUGGGUCGUACAGUGAAGAGCAGCUGGACCUUGUUGAUGCUCUGGCUCCUAUCUUCGAUCAGCUCGCACUUAAGACGGCGAAGUGGGCGCUCCUAGAAAUUGUGCCGAUGAAGAUUCGCGGGUAUACACCUAACCUAGGAAAGGGCCGCGUCAUUCCUCCUCCCUUUGAUCCACGAGCACCAGGGAGUACUGAUGAUAUGAAGAAGAAGGCUGAAAAAGAUCCAAGGUGGACCAAAGUACGUGUUCAUAGGACUGUAAAGACUCGGAUGUCUUGCAAAACUGCAGAUGGAAAAGAGCGCUAUGUGCCUCGAGCAACAGUGAAUGGAGAAAUUGGGCUUGAUAAACUCAACCCUGAUUUGAUUGAGUGGGUGGACUGA